GUCACUACACACUGUUAGAUCCUCCAAAUGAACCAAACCAGUCAAUAUUCCCACCUUCAGUUUAGCGCUUUUAGCUUUAUGAAGACGGUGUCCUUUAACCUAAUCUAACUUCCACAGGGUCCCUCUGUAAUUUCUUUUGUUGUUGUUUUUUUUCCAGACUUAUAUACAAGUGCUCCAUGUGUGACACCGUAUUCACUCUGCAGUCUCUGCUCUACACACACUUUGACCAGCAUGUUGUCAGUCAAAAGGUUUCCGUGUUCAAGUGCCCCGACUGCUCCAUGCACUAUUCACAGAAGCAGUUGAUGAUGGACCACAUCAAAAUCAUUCAUGGGACUCUGAAGAACGUGGAGGCUCCAACUAACCUGGGCAUCAACCUUCCUCUCAGCACAAAGCCCACUAACGCCAACACCAAUAGCAACAGCCUUGGCAAUAACAAUAGUGUAAAUAACAACAAUGAUGGUGGAACUAUUAACAGUAACGACAGAGGAGAAAAGAAAUCUUCAACUUCACCGCAGAAGAAAACAAACAGCAAUGACUCAGCGGUUCAAAAGAAGUCUGCCAGCAUGGGAUACACAUGUGGAGACUGUCAAACCCUCUUCAGCUCCCGGGAGGUCUACGUGAGUCACAUGAGACGUGAACAUGGCAAGGUAUCUCUCUGAUUAUG